UGGCAGUUCGACACGUGGGGCCUUCAGGCUGCCACAGGCGGUCACGCGCUGUCAGCUCUGGGCUUCUACAUCAUACAGAGGGAGGGCCUCAUCAAGGCCUUCCGCAUCCAACCUGUCACGCUGGCCAGGCUUCUCCGACAAGUCGAGGCUGGCUACAUGGACAAUCCGUACCAUAAUGCCGUACAUGCUGCGGAUGUACUGCAGACCCUCCACGUCAUCAUCCACACCGCACAGCUCCACAUCCACUAUCUUGACCCUCUGGGGCUGCUGGCGGCGUACUAUGCAGCGAUCGUGCACGACUACGGGCACCCGGGGGUGACCAACGACUUCCUGGUGGCCGUUUCGGACCCGCUGGCGGUCAGGUACAACGACCGGUCACCGCUGGAAAACCACCAUUGCGCGGCCGCUUUUGAGCUGCUACAGAAGCCAGAACUGGAUUUCCUGGCACCGCUGACGAAGGCCGAGCGGACCACAUUCAGGAAGCAGGCAAUCGAUAUGGUUCUGGCCACCGACAUGAAACAGCACUUUUCGAUUCUCUCCCAUUUCAAUACCCUGACGGUCCACCAAAGGUGCGCACGUACGUACGUAUGUAUGUAUGUGCGUAUGUAUGUACGUAUGUACGUAUGCACGUAUGUAUGUGCGCAGAGUAAGAGAUACAUACGUAGGCUAGGUAUGUAUGCAUGCAUGUGGCUAGCGGCUCUGGAGGAGGAGUUCUUCCUGCAAGGUGAUCGGGAGCGGGCGCUGGGGCUGCCCAUCAGCCCCCUGUUCGACCGGGCCAAACAAGGAGUCAGCAAGAGCCAGGUGGGCUUCUACGACUUCGUGGCGCUGCCGCUGCUGCACGCCCUCACCGGCGCCUUCCCCGGGACGCAGCAGCUUAUGAAGUGCUUUGUGGGGAAUUAUAACCAUUGGCGGCAGGUGGAGGGACAGCAGCCC